CCCAUUUCAUUGCUUUAUGUAUUUAACUUUUAUACUCGAAUUUACAUAUUAUUAACAGAUCUGUAUAUUCAAAUUUAAUAUAAUCCCAUUUUUAAAGCUCAAGAGUAUUUUGUAAACAUUGAGUCUUGAGGAAUAUAAUCUAGUCUUUAUCAAUUUUUAAGAAAAAAAAAAAAAUUUAAGUCGUUGGGUUAUAAUUGUUCCAAGGAUUGAAGAGAAUGACUACUAGUAACUGUAUUGGACCCUUCUAUGUGAAACCCUGUUGUAGAAUCUUGAUUAACUGUGGGAAUUCAUCAGUUUUUGGAUGCCCUUUUAGGAAAUAUGAUCGUUCAAGAUCACGGUCAAAAUUUAAUGGUUUAACUAGGGUUCAUAGUUGUAGUGAUAGGAUUUCAGGGUUUAAACAUGUAAUUGACUCAAAUCGGAGGGUUUUUUGCGGAUCCGAUUUGAAUUGGGGGAAAUCUAGGAUUUCUUCGAGCAAAUGGGUUCAUAGAAAAAAUAGAUUUUUCCGUGUUUUAUCAAACUUAGGAUCGGAUGUUAGGAACCAUUCAACGUCUAUUGAUUCCCGUGUUAACGAAAAGAGUUUCGAGAAGAUUUACAUUCAAGGGGGCUUUAAUGUGAAUCCUUUAGUGAAUGAUAUGAUUGAAAAUAGACAAGAUUUAGUGACAAAAGAUUUAGUAAAAGAGAAGGAAAAUAAGGUAGAUGUAAAUGAUGUUUCUAAUGUAAAUAUUGACGAGUUUAGAGAGAGGGAAUUACGUGGGUCUACGAUUUUAAAAUCGACCCACGAGAGACAGGUUUCUGAGGUGGAAAAAGAGGCUUGGAAAUUGCUCCGGGAAGCGGUUGUAAAUUAUUGCGGAAACCCUGUGGGGACUGUUGCAGCUAAUGAUCCAGCUGAUAAGCAGCCUCUGAACUAUGACCAAGUCUUUAUACGUGAUUUUGUCCCGACAGCUCUUGCAUUCUUGCUUAAUGGAGAAGGCGAGAUUGUCAAGAAUUUUCUGCACCAUACUCUGCAGCUACAGAGCUGGGAAAAAACUGUAGACUGCUAUGGCCCUGGGAAAGGGUUAAUGCCAGCAAGUUUUAAAGUUAGAGCUGUGCCUCUCAGUGGAAGAGAUGGAGAAUUCGAGGAUGUUUUAGAUCCAGACUUUGGUGAAUCAGCUAUUGGACGUGUUGCACCCGUUGAUUCUGGGUUGUGGUGGAUUAUUUUAUUAAGAGCCUAUGGGAAAAUCACGGGAGACAGUACAUUGCAAGAGAGAGUGGAUGUGCAGACAGGCAUAAGAUUGAUACUUAAUCUGUGCUUAACCGAUGGUUUUGAUAUGUUUCCCACACUGCUGGUGACUGAUGGCUCCUGCAUGAUUGAUAGAAGGAUGGGUGUUCAUGGUCACCCUCUUGAAAUCCAAGCUUUAUUUUACUCUGCUUUGCGAUGUGCCCGUGAGAUGCUUAUUGUUAAUGAUUCAACCAAGAAUCUUGUUGCGGCUAUCAGUAACCGACUCAGUGCAUUGUCAUUUCAUAUGCGGGAGUACUACUGGGUAGACAUGAAGAAAAUUAAUGAGAUAUAUCGUUAUAAGACCGAGGAAUACUCCACAGAUGCUGUCAACAAGUUCAAUAUCUAUCCAGAUCAAAUUCCUCGUUGGCUUGUAGAUUGGUUUCCCGAGACUGGUGGAUAUUUCAUCGGCAAUUUACAACCUGCUCAUAUGGAUUUUAGGUUUUUCACUCUGGGUAAUCUUUGGUCCAUCAUAUCAUCACUGGGCACUACUGAACAGAAUGAAGGUAUUUUAAAUUUGAUUGAGGACAAAUGGAGUGACCUUGUGGCACAAAUGCCUCUCAAGAUAUGUUACCCUGCUUUGGAGAACGAUGAAUGGCGUAUAAUCACUGGUGGCGACCCUAAGAAUACUCCAUGGUCAUAUCACAAUGGUGGUUCGUGGCCAAUGCUACUUUGGCAGUUCACUUUGGCUUGUAUUAAGAUGGGAAGGCCCGAGUUAGCCAGAAAGGCGGCUGCUUUGGCUGAGAAGAGGCUUUCGGUGGAUCAGUGGCCAGAAUAUUAUGACACGAGAUACGGUAGUUUUAUAGGAAAACAAUCUCGCCUUCAUCAGACAUGGACAAUUGCUGGAUACCUAACUUCAAAAAUGCUUCUAGAAAAUCCGGAUUCGGCCUCCUUAUUGUUUUGGAAUGAGGAUUAUGGACUCCUCGAGAACUGUGUAUGUGGGCUCGGCAAAAGUGGGCGAAGAAAGUGCUCGCGCUUUGCUGCCAGAUCUCAAACAGCUCUCUAAGAUUCAACAUAUUUCCAAAUGCAUAUAGCCUCGUGUGGUUCUUUAGAAACACGAAGGCAUGCAGGACAUGACAAAGAAUAAAAUUUUCUGAAUAUUCUACUUCUGUUUCACCCAAGAUUCUAUAUGUUCACAUUACAAUUUGUUUAGUGUUUUGUAUUUUGGAGCAGUCCAACUAUUUGAAGCCAUGCGCACUUCUACAUUAUUAAAUUUGGAAUUUCGCCUCUUUUA